GAAGAUCCAUACGGAGAAAACUUACGUCAUGCAUUGCAUACGUUCUGUGAAAAAAACGUAAUUUAAUCUCAUUAUGUCUGUAUUAAAUUGUUUAGUUUACUACUUUUUGUUAUUGGUAACGUUAGUGGUAUUUAUCAUCACAAUUUUAAAAGUAAAGGAGAUCCUUGACUGAAGGAUAUAUGUGAUAAAUGAUAUAUGUUAGACGUGUCUAUGGGUGAAACUGGAGGGAAACCUGUGAUGUAAUGCGCAUGGUGAUGACGCGUGCUACAUGCGACGAGCCGUUUUUCUCCACGCUGUUUAGCAGAACGUACAGCCUGUGGGUAUUUUCUUGCUCGGAUAAUCCCAAAACAUGGAAAUGAAAGGCGGAAAGAAAUCUAAAACCGGUAAAAAUAUGAUAGACGGCACUGACCCCAUCCGAAACUUCGAGAAAUGGAAGAAAAAAUACAACAAGACGAGAGUAGGUGUGAAGCGAGAGAGAGUGGCGCGGAAGAAGCCCCAGUGGCAGGUCGAACGGGAGUACAUCGACAAGCUUGUCAGCAGGUACGGCGAGAUAAAUGCCAAGGAAGCACUGAGGUUCUCGGACUUCCCCAUCUCAAAGAAGACCUUGCAAGGUUUGCAGGGGGUUCAGUGCCGACAGCCCACGGAGAUCCAAAGGCAGACUAUCGGCUUCGCUUUGCUGGGUAAAGAUGUUCUCGGCGCGGCCAAGACCGGCUCCGGGAAGACGCUGGCCUUCCUCAUACCGGUGCUUGAGUGCCUUUACCGUCAACAGUGGACUUCAAUGGACGGCCUCGGUGCUCUCAUCAUAUCGCCCACGAGAGAGCUUGCCUAUCAGACCUUCGAAGUGCUCCGCAAGGUGGGAAAGAACCAUGACUUCUCUGCGGGGCUCAUCAUCGGCGGCAAGGACCUCAAGAGCGAGUCGGAGCAGAUCCACCGCACCAACAUCGUCAUUUGCACGCCGGGGCGGCUGCUCCAGCACAUGGACCAGACGGCCACCUUCCACGCGUCCAACCUCCACAUGCUAGUCCUGGAUGAGGCAGACCGCAUCCUAGACAUGGGCUUCAUGGACACGGUCAACGCCAUCGUGGAGAACCUCCCAGCGACCCGGCAGACGCUGCUGUUCUCUGCCACGCAGACCAAGUCGGUCAAAGACUUGGCGCGGCUCAGCCUCAAGGACCCGGAGUACGUGUGGGUCCAUGAGAAGGCCAGGUUCAGCACGCCGGCCACCCUGGAGCAGAGCUACGUGGUAUGCCAACUCCAUCAGAAGGUCAACAUGCUCUACUCCUUCAUCAAGAGCCACCCAAAGAAGAAGAUCAUCGUUUUCUUCGCCUGCUGCAAAGAGGUGCAGUAUCUGUUCCGGGUCUUCUGCCGCCUCCGGCCCGGCGUACCCAUCCUGGCAUUGCACGGCAAGCAGCAGCAGACGAAGAGAGUAGAGGUCUACAACGACUUCCUUAGGAAGCAUAACGCUGUGCUCCUCGCCACCGACAUAGCCGCCAGAGGCCUGGACUUCCCCGCGGUCAACUGGGUUCUGCAGUUCGACUGUCCGGAGGAUGCAGACACCUACAUCCACCGGGUGGGACGCACAGCCCGAUACAAGGAGGGAGGGGAGGCGCUGCUGCUGCUGCUUCCGUCGGAGGAGGAGGGCAUGGUCAGCCAGCUCCAAGAAAAGAAGGUCCCCAUCAAUAAGAUCCAGGUGAACCCAGACAAGCUGCAGAAUGUCCAACUGAAGUUGGAGGCAUUCCUGGCUCAAGAGAGAGAGCAGAAGGAGCGGGCUCAGAGGUGCUUUGUCUCCUACCUCCGCUCAAUCUACCUGAUGAAGAACAAGGAGGUGUUUGAUGUCUUCAAGCUCCAGAUCCAAGAGUACGCCAAUUCUCUGGGCCUCGCCGUGGCUCCGAGGGUGCGGUUCUUGAGCAAGGCUCAGGCACAGAGAGACGAGAAAGAAGGUCUGAAGGAGCAGUCUGACGGAGAGGAGGAGCUGAGGAGCUUGAAGGCCCAACUGAGAGGUGGCGUUCCUCAAGAGGAAUGCCAGAGGUCGGAAGAUUCAGGCGACAAUGAGGAACGCGCUAAAGAAGGAGAGGUACUGUUUCUCGGUUCAGACGAUGAAAGUGAAGAUGAUCUAAAAGACUUGGAUCUGCUGACAGUCAAAAGAAAGGAUGUCUUUAACCUAGCGGGCGAUGCAGAGAGUCCGGCGCAGCUCGAGCAGGUUUCUCUAAAGAAAACACUAAAACAGACCAAGUUCACAGAAGCCAAAAAGGCCCUCAAGAGAAAAUUCCAAGUCAACACCAAAGUGGCGUUCAGUGAGGAGGGACAGGCCGUGCAGCUGUGGCCUCCAGCCCAACGGGCAUCGACCCAAGAAGAAGAGGAGGAGGAAGAGAGCGGUAUUUCUGGUAUCAACAUGGAGAAGGCCAGGGAGAGGCUAAAACUUGAGGACCAGCAGUUUGACAAACAGGAGUACAGACGCAAGGUGAAAGCCAAACACACUGAGCAGAGGCUAAAGGCCAAGGCGGCCCGGAGGGAUGCCAGCAAACAGCACGGACACAACUCUGAGGAGGAGGAAGAGGACGAGGUUGUGGCGUAUCUCGCACACCACAGCGAAGAUGAGUUUGACCCCAGCACCCUGCCAGACCCAGACAAGCUGCACUCUGAGGAGGAGAUGGCGACAGCCAAACAGGAGCACAGCGAGGAGGAGGAGGAGGAGGAUGAAGAGGAACUAAAAGCAGGUAAAAGGAAGAAGGCUAAGCUGCAGAUGGAAGACUACAAAAUGUUGGACACCGGCCUUUCUCUGGCUGAGGACGAGCAGUUAGUCCUGCAUCUGCUGGGAGGACAGAAGUAGAGCACACAGAGAAUUUCAACACACUGAAAAUUCGAACGUGAAAGUCUUUGAAUCUGAAUUUAGUGUUUGCUCUCCAUAUUGGUAAAGAUCCUAUAACUCCCACAAUGCAACCUGUACCAUAUUUUAUUAAAGCCCCAUUAAAAAAAACAGUUCAAAUCA